AGAGAAUCCUUUAAUCAAGUAUCAAGUGGAUUUGGGUUUAGGUCCAUCACACGGUGGCCCGCCAUAUCGUUAUGUUUCCUUCUUUUUUUUCGAAAAAUUGGCAUGUCUCAUGUCUGACCUGACUGAAAAAUCAAACGACAUCGUUUUUGAAAUAUUCUUCUCCCGCGGCAUUAAUCAUUCACAGAAUCACAGACUUCCUCUUCGAUCUUCGUUCUGUUGAACUCAUCUCGAUGGUCUCCUUCAGAGAGUAGAUCUAUCUCUGUAGGUAACUCUAUCUCCUUUCACCUUCUUCCUCUCAAGUAUCUUUUGCUCAGGUCAGCGUAUCUAGUUUUGACUAAGGGAUGGAUCUUGGUGAUCUAAACAAAGUCUGGGAAAUUAAAGCACUAAAAAGGAAGCCUAGAGAAGAUGAAGCUAGAAAGAUUCUGGAGAAAAUAGCUAAACAGGUUCAACCAAUUAUGAAGAAACACAAAUGGAGGGUUAAACUUCUGACUGAGUUCUGUCCAGGUAAUCCAGCUCUGCUAGGGGUGAAUGUGGGAGGAGGUGUGCAAGUUAAGCUAAGAUUGCGGAGACCAAACAGGGACUUGGAUUUCUACCCUUAUGAUCAGGUUCUUGAUACUAUGCUUCAUGAACUUUGCCAUAAUGCUCAUGGUCCUCAUAAUUCCAGUUUCUAUAAGCUUUGGGAUGAGCUCAGAAAGGAGUGUGAGGAGCUGAUGACGAGAGGAAUAACUGGGACGGGGGAGGGGUUUGAUCUUCCUGGAAAACGUUUGGGAGGAUUUUCUCGUCAACCCCCUCUUUCAUCUAUCCGACAAGUUGCACUGACUGCAGCAGAAAAGAGAGCUCGUGUUGGCUCUCUCUUACCUCAUGGACCCAAGCGCUUGGGUGGUGACAGUGAUAUUAUGGUUGCACUUAGUCCAGUACAAGCUGCAGCAAUGGCUGCAGAAAGGAGACUUCAAGAUGAUAUGUGGUGUGGGUGUGAAUCUUUUGGAGGAUCUGGGGAAGAAAAGAGUAGUUCUGACUUACCCCAGACUGUUGAAUCAAGGGCUGCGCCAUCUGCUAAUAAUUCAAAACGGGCUGGUGGUUCUGAAACUCGCAGUGCAAACACAAGGCUUUGCAAAAAGAGCCGUUUGUUACAUAAUGAUACAUCUGUGCCGUCCAAGGUGGGAGAAGAAUCUAGCUUGAUGGGCAUAGCCGCACAAGCUUCAACAUCUGUGUUCGUACAAAAUCAUAAGGCAGCAGAUAGUUUUGAGGAUAAAGUAAUUUGGGAAUGUGGAUCCUGCACAUUGUUUAAUCCGCCAUUAGCUCCAAUAUGCAAAGCUUGUGGUAGCGCAAAGCCCAAAGAUGAUGGAACUAAGUUCAAAAUGUGGUCUUGCAAAUUUUGUACCUUAGAGAACAACAUGCUCUUGGAUAAAUGUGAAGCUUGUGGACAAUGGAGAUAUUCGUAUGGACAACCAGUGUCUACACAGACUCCUAAUUCUGGUACCUAGGACUUGGAAUCCGCUUAUCGGAGUACCCUGUACAGAAGAUGGAAGUUAUUCGGCAAGUACAUAUUGAUACACAAUCCACUUGUGUACCUGGGUGCAUGUGAAUGCUGGCAUUUUAGUAUUUGGUUUCAUUCUCCUUUUUGAAAGAAACAAAAUAUAUUGUUAACUUUGUAAAUAGUAUGCUCUUAUACUUUUUGUGUAAUUUGAACGGCCAGACUUGUGUAGUACCAUGAAAAUGCAUAGAUUUUUCUCUAUGCUUUACUAAUUGCAAAAAGUAGAAAAUUUUGGUUUUA